AUGCCUGGAGACGAGACAGUACAGAAGCCGAUCGACGACUCCGACAGCGAGGGCGAGGACAGCGACGUCGAGGAGUCCUUCCCCGAGAUCAGCAUCGAUCCAUCCACAUUGACACCCCUCUCUCCAGAGGUCAUCUCAAAACAGGCAACAAUUAAUCUUGGAACCAUUGGCCAUGUCGCUCACGGAAAAUCAACGGUCGUCAAAGCGAUAUCUGGAGUUAUGACCGUCCGAUUCAAGAACGAGCUGGUGCGGAAUAUUACAAUCAAGCUGGGAUAUGCCAAUGCGAAGAUCUACAAAUGUGAGAACCCCGCCUGCCCGCGUCCGGGCUGCUAUCGUUCAUAUCGCUCCGAUAAGGAGGACAACCCUCUCUGUGAGCGCCCUGGAUGUAAUCACCGUAUGAAGCUCCUUCGACACGUCUCCUUCGUCGACUGUCCCGGUCACGAUAUUCUCAUGGCCACCAUGCUAAACGGCGCGGCGGUCAUGGACGCCGCGCUGCUCCUUAUUGCGGGCAACGAGACGUGCCCACAGCCGCAGACCUCAGAACACCUUGCAGCCGUAGAGAUCAUGAAGCUCGAGAACAUCAUCAUCCUGCAAAACAAGGUGGACCUGAUCAAGGAAGCACAGGCGAUCGAGCACCAAAAGAGCAUCGUUGCAUUCGUGAAGGGCACCGUCGCUGAGUCCUCGCCUAUCGUUCCUAUCUCCGCACAGCUCAAGUACAACAUCGAUGCAGUCAACGAGUACAUCGUCAAGCGGAUCCCCAUUCCCGUGCGCGACUUUACCGCGGACCCGAAGUUGAUCGUCAUCCGCUCCUUCGACGUCAACAGGCCUGGCGCGGAGGUCGACGAGCUCAAGGGCGGUGUUGCAGGCGGCUCAAUUCUCACUGGUACUCUGCGUCUCGGACAGGAGGUUGAGAUUAGGCCAGGUAUCGUCACCAAGGAUGCUCAAGGCAGGAAUAGGUGCAAGCCCAUCUUCAGCCGCAUCGUCUCACUGCAUGCGGAGAGCAACCACCUGCAGUUCGCAGUCCCCGGUGGCCUAAUUGGUGUCGGUACGCGGAUUGACCCGACACUCUGCCGGGCGGAUCGUCUGGUUGGGCAAGUGCUCGGAGCUGUUGGCAAACUGCCGAAUAUUUACAGCGAACUGGAGAUCAGCCUCUUCCUGCUGCGACGAUUACUCGGAGUGAAGACGGAGGACAAAAAGCAGACGAAAGUAUCGAAGCUCGUCAAGGGAGAGUUGCUCCUCAUCAACAUCGGCUCGACGUCCACCGGCGGGCGCGUUUUGAGCGUCAAAGCGGACCUGGCCAAGAUCCAACUGACAUCGCCAGCGUGUACAGAGGUUGGUGAGAAGGUCGCACUUUCUCGUCGAAUCGAGAAGCAUUGGCGGUUAGUCGGUUGGGGUAGCGUGCAGCGCGGAACGGUGCUCGAAGUUGACUAA